AUGUUGACAAGGAGAAGCGUUGGUUUAUUGCAAUCAACCAGGAUAUCUCCUGUUCUGACCAAUUUCAGUUCGUCUAGGUUUUACUCUGCACAUCAUGAAUCUGAUAAAAAGCACGACGAUCACCAUGAAGAGCACCACGAUGAACACCAUGAUGACCACCACACACCGCUAGGUCCUGCUGAGAAUAUCUUCAACAAGUGGAAUGUUACGCCCUUUGUUUGGCUGUUUGCCACCGUAGGUAUUUUCCAAUGGGAUAAAUCACACAGAGAAUCCCAUGACGGUAAAGGUAUUCUAGAUUUCCUAGGGGAGAUCAAGGUAAAGGAAUCUUUAGACACCUACUUCAAAGAGUACCAGACAAAAGUGGCUAGUACCGCUGAUUUGUACGGCUUAAUUUCGUUCACUCCAAAGAGAGAUAUUCAUCAUUACGUUAUCAGAGUAGAUGAGGUUCCAGGAAAGCACUUUCCCACCAACACUACGGGAAACUUUGGAAAUACUGUUGAUUUUGAGAACUUGGAACCUCGAAGGAAGCCUAUCAACCCAUACCUUUAG